AUGCCGCAUUGUGUAAUAUUAAUUACAGAUGGAGAAGAGAAAACCUAUGGCAGCUGUGAGGGUCCUGAUGCUGUAUAUGUAAAGCUAAUCUCUUCAGAUGGACAUGAGUCUAUUGUGAAGAGAGAGCAUGCCAUAACGUCUGGCACCAUCAAAGCUAUGCUGAGUGGUCCCGUUUGGUCUUCUGGUCAGUUUGCAGAAAAUAAAACAAAUGAGAUAAAUUUUUGGGAGAUUCCUUCCCAUGUUCCCUCAGUGUGCAUGUAUUUUACCUACAAAGUUUGUUAUACAAACAGCUCUACAGAAAUCCCAGAAUUUCCUAUCACACCUGAGAUUGCACUGGAGCUGCUAAUGGCUGCUAAUUUUUUAGACUGUUAA